AAAUAUAAUUCAAUUAAAAUUGUAUUAAUUGUGCAGUGUUAAAAUCUACCCUUCCAUGUAACAAGUUAUAAACAAGAAUAAAAUCACUUUUUGUUAAAAAGUUUUGACCAUGUAAAUUCAACAAAAGUUCUCGGUUAAGAAUAUUUACCAAAAUGUUGCGGCUACGUGGCUUCACCGGCAAUAUGAAAAUAAAUAUUCCAAAACGUCUGUUGUCUUCUAGCAGUCACAUACGAACCACCUUUGUUGAUCAUUUCGUUCAACAACAUAACCACAAAUAUGUCAAAUCCAGUUCAGUCGUUCCUUUAUAUGAUCCAUCUGUGCCUUUUGUAAACGCUGGUAUGAAUCAGUUCAAAAGUAUAUUUCUGGGUGUGAUAGAUCCUCCAUACCCACGCGCUGUGAACUCUCAAAAGUGUGUGAGGGUGGGGGGGAAGCACAAUGAUUUAAAUCUGGUGGGAUUAGAUGGUCACCACCACACCUUUUUUGAGAUGCUCGGCAACUGGUCUUUUGGAGAUUAUUAUAAGAAAGAAGCCUGUCAAAUGGCUUGGGAGUUACUGCUAGGUCCUUACAGACUGAAACCUGAGGAGCUCUUGGUGACAUACUUUGGAGGAGAUUCCGUGCUUGGGCUUCCUGAAGACAGGGAGUGCAGAGAUGUUUGGAGACAAAUCGGAGUCCCAGACAGUCACAUUAAAGGUCUAAGUGCAAGUGACAAUUUCUGGGAGAUGGGAGCCACUGGCCCAUGUGGUCCCUGCACUGAGAUACAUUACAUAAACCCUGAUGGCAGCUUGACUGAAAUAUGGAACAUUGUCUUUAUACAGUUUAACAGAGAAGCCCGUGGAUCGGUGAGACCUCUCAGUAAAGUUCAUAUUGACACUGGCUUGGGCUUGGAGAGGCUGACGACGCUGUUGCAGAAAGUACCAUCCAACUAUGACACCGAUCUCUUUAAGCCCAUCAUAAAAUCUAUUGAACAGAAUAGCAAGAACAUGUCUCCAUACUGUGGAAGUUAUAGUCAAGAUGCGACAGUCGAUCAGGCCUACCGCCGACUAGCAGACCACUCCAGGAUGAUCAGUGUCUGUCUUGCUGAUGGUGUCUUCCCUUCUACUAGUCUCAAUUUGAAACAAAUAAUGAGGAGAGCAUUCAAAUUAUCAUCAGAUGUGUUCAAAAAUCCCAAACUUCUGAUACACCUAUAUGACCACGUGGCUGACAUCUUGGGAGAGACAUAUCCCGAGCUAGUUGCACGACAAAAAGACGCUAAACUAGUCAUCGAGCAAGAAAUGGAGGGAUAUGCGAAACUAAGAUCUGAUCUAGCAAAGAAAUGGAAAGAUCUUACGAAAAGAUACCCUGAAGUUGAGAGUAUGAGUGACGUUGAAAUGGCAGGCUUUGCACUUGGCUAUAAGGAGUUUAAAGAGACAAUGUCAAAAACAGAUUCCAAAAUUCCUGGCGAACUAGUGUUCAAGUUGUAUGACACUCAUGGUUUUCAAGAGGACAUUAUUGAACGAAUAGCAAAAUUAAAUAAUUUAGAAUUAGACAAGAGAGGUUUUAUGAAGUUAUUAGCGGAUCACAAAUCACGACACAAAACUGCAUUAAAAGAACAAGCAAACACAAAAGGCGUCUUGUUUGAUAAAGUGAUAGAAGAUAUAGUCAAAAAGGGAAUCAAACAAACUAAUGAUCAGCCCAAGUAUGAUUACAUACACAAGGACAACGAAAUUUAUUUCGAACCACUAAAAACAAAAGUUAUCGCAUUACUAAAUGAGGAUAUAGAGUGGCUAGAUUUUGCAGAGCCGAGCAUAGAUAGACCUUAUUAUGUGGUAACAGAGAGCACAAACUUCUAUUGUGAAGAGGGUGGCCAACUAGCUGACACUGGCCAAAUUUUAUUCAGUGGCAACAUCAAUUUUAAAGUAAAUAGUGUUUUUAAAAUUCGAAACUUCGUAUUUCACAAAGGUCAUUUUGAACUAAGCAAGACCGACUCGCAAUAUGUAGAUAAUAAAAGUGAAGUCGUGUUGGAAAUAGAUAAUUCUAGAAGGUUGAGCAUUAUGAGAAAUCAUACGGGAAUACAUUUACUCAACGCAGCUAUUAGAAAAGUGCUUCCUAAUAGUGUAGUAUGUCAAAUUGGAUCUAGUGUGACGGAUAGAGGGCUAUGCUUGAAUCUUUCUGUUUACGGUGAAAAGUUGUCCCAAGAUGUCAUACUUAAAGCACAGCAGCUAGUUAGAGAAUCAAUAAAUUCAAAUGCACCAGUGCAGACUCAAAUACUGAACAGUACACAGCUCUCAUUGGAACAAGAUGUGCUGACUGUGCCCGGUGAAACCUAUCCUGAAAGUGGCUUGAGAAUGGUCACCUGUUUUCCACCAUUACCUUCCAAGGAGUUGUGUUGCGGUACGCACGUGUCGAGUACGGGCGCUCUGCGGGAUGUGUGCGUGACGAGCGUGCGCGCCGCCGGCUCGCGCUCGCCCGCUGUCAUGGCUGUUACCGGGGACGCUGCAAUACAGGCGCGAGAGUUGUUUUGCCGGGCGCAGAAUUUGUCGCAAGUGGCGGAGUUGGCCGACUUUGAACAAGUGCGUGAGGAGGCGGGGAGCAUCAGGCGCGAGUUGGCGGAGUUGUGCGGCGGCGGCAAGCCGUGCGGCGAGUACGCCGACUGUAUACAGCUGUUAGACCGCUGCGUCAAGCGCGCGCAGAGCAGUGACAACACCGAUGGGGCUUUAGAAGCGAUUGCGAAAGCGGAGAUAUCUGAAGCGAUAUCAGAGGCGGGGGCGUCGGGUCGUCGUUUCGCGGUGCACUUCCUGCGAUGCGCUUACCUCAUGCCGGCGGGGGGCGUGCGCCGGCUGCUCACGGUCCCGCCCCCCUGCCCCGCCCUGCUGCUCGCCUGCGCCGGGGGCGUUAUUGUCGCGACUGCGCAUGUUCCACAGGAGCUGGUAACGUCGAAGUUCACGGCGUCGUCGUGGCUGGGCUGCGUCGUGCCGGUGUUCGGCGCCGGCGUCGAGCGCGCCGCCGCCCCGCACACAUUCGCCGAGAUGACCGCCACUAAGGUGAGUCUGAUCACGUGCGAGCAGCUGGUGCAGGACGCGAUGCGUGUCGCUAUCAAGUUUGCUCAGUCGCACCUCUGCGCCGCCGACGACAACACGCGCGACACCAGACAAAACUAGUUCGUGUGAAAAUACUAUAAUAACUAGCAGUUAUGCUUCGGCCAAACCUGCGCGACCAAAGCGACUGCGUCUUCAAUCUUAUGGCGCUUUGAAAACCUGCGAGACGCCGCCGCCGCGCGGUAGACGCUCCCACUUCGCAGUCGCUUUAGUCGCGCAGGUUUGGCCGAAGCUUUAGGCGGCCCUACCUAUGUAAAAACAGUAUACCACGAUAAUCGUACAUUUACCCAAGUAUCCUAUCAGCUUCCUCGCGGUCCUGUAGUUUCAGAGCCUUUUCAAUGAACUGAAACUCAUGGUUUUUUUUCAAUAAGGAAGUAUUGUGAGAAGUUGUGACUAGACUAUAUACACGAUUAAAUAGAAGAACAUGCAAUUCGUAGAUUAAAAUUAUUAAUCUACGAAUUGCAUGUUCA